GAUGCGCGCGCCGUCGCAAAACAAAAUUCCGCCUAACCCAGGCGGCUUUCCACCGGUAGACCCGAGGCCCCGUCAAGCCGGCAUCGGGGCAUUGGGGUGUCCUCGCGUCGCCGUCGCUCAAGAUUCGGCCAUGGGGGCCGCUUCGCUGUGCAGCCUGCUGCUCCUAGGCCUUCUCACCUGCAGCCCGUGUCUUGGCCAGACCCAGCCGGAACCAGCCGCGGCCCUCUUCCCACCUGCUGUGCAGAAGGUGAAUGUGACCGUCCUGUACGAGCCGUACUGCAAGGACUGCUCGUGGUUCAUCACCAAGCAGCUGGUGCCCGUGUACGGGCUUCUGCGCAAGCACCUCGUCGUCGAUAUGGUGCCGUUCGGACGCACGCGCAUGAAGGAACCGCAGGGCGCCGACACGACCGUGACCUUCACCUGCCGCCACGGGCAGCCCGAGUGCCAGGCGAGCAUGCUCCAUGCAUGCGCCAUCGCUCUCUACCCGCAUACCGACAAGCACUUGCCGUUCAUAGCGUGCACACUCAAGGGGUGGAAGCCCGAGAAGAACGUGCAGAAGUGCAGCAACGAGCACAAAAUGGAGAGCAGCAAGAUCGUCGGCUGCGCCUCGUCAGCGCAGGGCAAGAUUCUCCUGCAGAAGAUGGGCUGGCGCACCAUGUCCGUGCGACCACCCAUCAACUACGUGCCCAGCGUGGUCAUCGACGGCGGAUUCAACAAGCGCUACCAGAAGAAGCUGCAGAAGCACUUCAAGGAGACCGUCUGUAAGCACUUCAAGCCGCCGGUGCCGGAACCGUGCCUGGUCAAGAAAAAGAAGGGCUGGUUCGGGCGCUGA